ACAACACUUUAGUGCAGACUCAAAGGAGAAGGAUUUGUAUUAACAUGGGGAAGGGACCCUCUGGCUAUUAACAUCUGCGGCAGUUUUCUCUUGCAAAUCCUGAGCUGCCACACAUUUCCCAGCAUCCUUCUAUAUCUUACAGGACAACCAUGUUUCCAUGGGUUUGGUGCCUCCUGUUUUUAUUAGAUGUCCGAACAUAUGUUGCCCAGAGCUUCACUGAAGAAAGACGAGUUGGAAGAUAUAGGCCGAAAGCUUUAACAUCAACUCCUGUAGAAAAAAUAAAUCUCAGCGAUCAAGAUGAAGACUGCAUUCUGGAAAUGGCCUUCUUGCUGGAUAGCUCAGAAAGUGCAAAGGACUACAAUCAUAACGAAGAAAAAAAAUUUGUAUUGCAAAUGGUGGACAAGUUGAAAGGAAUUCAGCUUGGUUCAGGCCGUCCAUUCAGCUGGAGAAUGGCCUUAAUUCAGUAUAGCAGUACUGUACAGAUAGAGCAAACAUUCAGAGACUGGAAAGGCCCUGAUAAUUUUAAAACCCGUGUUUCUCCAAUAACAUAUAUUGGUCAUGGUACCUUUACAUCUUAUGCUAUAACCAACCUAACACAAUUAUACAUGAAUGAAGGUACUCAGAAAAGUGUUAGAGUGGCUAUCCUGAUAACAGACGGUGUAGAUCACCCAAGAAACCCUGACAUUUUUGCAGCCACAUCUACUGCCAAACUUCAUAAUAUUAAGUUCUUUAUUUUGGGUAUGACUGCAGUAGCAAAGGAAACAGCCAAUGCUGCAAAACUUCGUUUGUUGGCAAGUGUCCCUGCAAAUCGGUUUGUGUUUCACCUACAGGAAAGCGACGUUAUAGACAAAAUACUUAAUGAAGUGAAAGUGCUAGCAGAAGAAGGGUGUGCCCGUGCACCUGUCUGCGCAUGUGAGAAGGGGGAAAGAGGACUCCCAGGAUCUGCUGGAAAGAAAGGUCGUCCAGGUGAUGAUGGUUCUCCUGGUCUGAAGGGUAGUAAGGGUGAAUCUGGACUAAACGGUAUUCCUGGAAGAGAUGGAGCAGAGGGUAAACCUGGGUACAAAGGAGAGCAGGGAGAGCGCGGAGAGUGCGGAAUUCCUGGUAUCAAAGGAGACAGAGGUCCUGAAGGCCCAACAGGCCCCAGAGGAUUGCGAGGCAUUCAGGGAAUUCAGGGUCCACCCGGAGAUCAAGGGCCAGAAGGACUGCAAGGACCAAAGGGUGAUAGAGGUAUUACUGGACUUCCUGGACUUCCAGGAGAAACAGGCAUAGGACUGCCAGGUUCCAAGGGUGAUAUUGGAUUGCAAGGAAGACCAGGUCCUAAUGGCCCACCUGGCAUUGGGGAGCCUGGACCAGCAGGACCGCAGGGAGCGCAAGGUCCCCUGGGAGAAAAAGGCCCUCCUGGCGAAGGUUUACAAGGACCCAAGGGAGACCGUGGAUUUGAGGGCCCAAGAGGGCAGCGAGGUCCACCAGGCCCAAGUAUUAAGGGUGAUAAGGGGGAUUUUGGACCACCUGGUUUGCCUGGUCCUCUUGGUUUACCUGGUGUUGGAAUCCAAGGAGAAAAGGGUGUACAAGGCCCUUCAGGACCUUCUGGAAUGAGGGGACCACCAGGGGAAGGACUUAUGGGACCUAAGGGAGAACAAGGUCUGCCAGGAGAAUCUGGACCUUCAGGAGAAAGAGGUCUCGGGGAACCCGGAGCAAAGGGUGAACCUGGGACUUCAGGAUUAGCUGGUUUACCGGGUCUUCCAGGAGAAGAUGGAGCACCAGGGCAAAAGGGUGAACCAGGACUUCCAGGUCUUCGAGGUCCAGAGGGUUCUCCUGGCAUUGGUAUUCAAGGUGAAAAGGGUGACCAAGGUCAAAGAGGUAUAAGAGGUAUAACAGGACCUCCCGGGCCUGCAGGACCAUCAGGACCAAAAGGUGAACCAGGUGUUGGUGGACGUUUGGGAAUGCCGGGUCCCCCUGGACGUGCUGUUGUAGGCCCCAAGGGUGACAUGGGCUUUCCUGGUCCUCAGGGCCCAAUAGGAGAGACAGGAAUUGGCAUUGCUGGCCCAAAGGGUGAUAGAGGAAAUCCCGGCCCACCAGGACCAUUUGGACCAAAGGGAGAUGGAUAUCCAGGCCAACCGGGAAUGCCUGGACUUCCUGGACUUCAAGGUGAGCCUGGACCAGAAGGCUUUGGAUUGCCUGGACCAAAGGGUGAUCAAGGUGUAAGGGGACCCAUCGGCCCCACUGGACCCCCAGGUGAAGGCUUACAAGGACCAAAAGGAAACAUAGGAAAGCAAGGAUUGACAGGACUUCAAGGACCCCCAGGUGAAGGCAUUCAGGGACCAAAGGGAGAACAAGGAAUUCAAGGAGGACCAGGACCUCGGGGACCUCCAGGAGAAGGACUCUUAGGUCCAAAGGGUGACCGUGGUGCUUUUGGUGAAAGAGGAAGAAAAGGAGACAAAGGUGACAACGGAGAAACAGGAUUUCCUGGAGAAUCUGGUAGACCUGGACCUAAGGGAGAAAUGGGAUUAACUAGAGAAGACAUUAUCAAGCUGAUUAAGGAAAUUUGUGGUUGUGGUGUAAAAUGUAAAGAAAUUCCUAUGGAACUUGUGUUUGUAAUAGACAGUUCUGAAAGUGUAGGUCCGGAAAAUUUUGAAAUCAUCAAAGACUUUGUCACAGCCCUAGUGGAUAGGGUCACAGUGGGCAGAAAUACCACUCGCAUAGGACUUGUUCUGUACAGUUUAGAAGUUCGCCUGGAAUUUGGCCUUAACAGAUUUACCACUCAGCAAGAUGUUAAACAAGCAAUCAGGAAUAUGUUGUAUAUGGGAGAAGGUACAUACACUGGAACUGCUAUACGGAAAGCUUCCCAAGAAGGAUUUUUUGGAGCUCGUACAAGCGUUCGGAAAGUUGCUAUUGUACUCACAGAUGGUCAGACAGAUAAGAGAGAAUCAGUAAAACUAGAUAUAGCUGUACGAGAGGCUCAUGCUGCCAACAUAGAGAUGUAUGCUAUUGGAAUUUUGAGUGCAUCAGACUCAUCAAAAGACGAAUUCUUACGAGAAUUAAACCUUAUUGCCUCAGACCCUGACAGUGAGCAUAUGUACCUUAUUGAUGACUUUAACACACUUCCAGCACUGGAAUCAAAGCUUGUUAAUCAGUUUUGUGAAGAUGAACAUGGAGCCCUUGUUUACAAAAAAAUUGGUAGUACGAUCAACGGAAUGUCCACCAAGAAAGGUUCUUCUGAUUACUCAGUAGUUCAAAGCAACAGAGAAGUUAACUUACAAGGACAGAGAAAUGUACAGGAAGAAAGAAGCAAAAUAACCCAAGUAGAAGAGAUAUAUGUUGCUCCACCUCAGCCAGAAAUUCAGCCACGAGAGGUAAUUAAGGUACCUAUUGAAGAAGAGGAGGAGGAAGAAGAUUAUGAUGAAGAACCAGAGGAAUUGGAGCCAAUCAAUUCAAGCUCUAGAGUGGUGUCCUCAUCAACUGUUAUAUCCUCAUCCACAUCAUCUUCAUCUUCAUCAACAUCCACAUCAGAUUCCUCAACUCCAUCAAAAACUUCCACAUCAUCUAUAAUAAUAUCUUCCUCAGAAUCAGAGUCAUCGUUGACACCUGUACCAGGACCAGAUUUCAUCCAGGAUCCACGCUGUAAAUUAUUAUUGGACCAAGGAUCAUGCAGAACAUAUAUAAUAAAAUGGUACUAUGACAAGCAAGCAAAUUCCUGUGCUCAGUUCUGGUAUGGUGGCUGCAAUGGUAAUGCCAAUCGUUUUGAUACCGAAGAAGAAUGCAAGACUUCUUGUGUUUUCUACUCAGGAGAUGUCUAAUGUGAAUUCUUCAGUCCUGUGACAAUUGGGUCAACUCAAGAAAUUGAAGGAUUCAGCUACAUGGACACCUAUUUAAAUGUUUUUCAAUUAAAACGCAUGUAAAAUUAUUGAGAACACCCUUUACACAAUGAACUAGAUCUUUAUUUGUUGUGUUCCAUGUUAGUUUGCUAACUAGAAGGGAUUACAUGCACGCUACAGUAAUGUCUAAUUAUAUUUUGAACAAACUGAAGGCAAGGUUAAAUUAGUGUGGAGUUGCAGUAUUUUUAUGGUUCACUUAUUUGUUCUAUCAUAUCAGUGUGGACACCAGAUUCAACAGUUUUUUUGCUGUAUAAUUUUGGCCAUGCUUCCAAUGGAAGUCUGCUUACUUUAACAAGUCAAUAUAAAGACUAUGGGGCCGAUUUAUCAACGGUCUGUCCGACAUGAUCCGCUGUCUGCAUUUAACAUUGCACAAGCAGUUCUGGUGAACUGCUUGUACAAUGCCGCCCCUGCAGAUUCGGGGUGUCAAUCAACCCGAUCGUAUAGGAUCGGGCUGAUUGCUGUACGCCGGCUCAGAGGUGGCGUAUGAGUUAAGGAGCUUCUGCGCAAGCCUUCAGGGCAUCAGGGGUCAUUCGGCCCUUGAUAAAUCGUUCCCUAUUUCUUUUUACUAAAACAAAAAACACUUGACUAUACGUAUCAGCUACACAAUCCUGGCAACUGUUUACAAGUCACGCAUGAUGCCCACUUUAUGCUACUUUCAUAAAAAACUGCUUCUCCAACAAACUGGAAUAUCUUAAGCUUAAUCAAAGCGUGGUUAAUCCUGUGAUAAUAGCCCCUUUAAUAAAAGGUAUAAUAAUUUCCAUAGUUGGAAAUAUUCAAAUUAGUGAGCGCCUUUUGUAUUUUUCACAAAGUUGCUGAAACCAUUUUUCUUUAUGGAAGCUUUUUUACUAUAACAAACAAUUGCAAUGACACUAUCCACUUUGAACUUGAUAUUGUCAACUCUCAAAAUCAACAUCAAAUGUAAAGAAGAGUUACAUUUUUGUAGUAGAAAUAAUUUUUUUUGUGUUUUGUAAUUAUUUUUAUACUAACAGCUUAAUGAAGUUGUUUUGAAAUAUAACUUAUAUUUAACUCAGUAGCCCUUACAUGUGGGUAUUAUUGCACAGUGUUUCCACAAAUGAAUUCCUCUUGUUUAGUGUACCUGACUGUACAGUUGUGUCAUUGUUUAGAGCAAGGCUUGACAAAUUUAUAUGAAAAUUAAGUCAGCAAGAAAAAUAAGGAGCCAGCUGCACACUACAAAAUGAGCCAAGCAUGGGCUUUGUAUAUAGGAAUAUCUAUAAUUGUCCAAAAUGCCAGAGUUCAAAUAUUAGCAGCUAUGGCUCUAUACAUUUGUCAAGCCCUGGUAUAGAAGCUAUAGAUUUUUUUAUUUGUUGGGUAGUUUCAAUCUUCUGGAUAUGAGUAUCAGUACUGCACCCCCCAGCAUCCAGAAGCUUAAAAUGAUAGAAAGGUCAACAUUGAAAUGUGCAUGGAUGCAUUUCUGUUUUAAAUAGAAGAAUUUUUUUCAAUGCACAUCUAUUAUCAAAAAUGAACCUAUUAAAAGAUAUUACUGUUUUUCAAAGGCCUAUGCACAUAUGCUGUGAGUGCCCAAGCACUACACUACAUCCUCUAAAAUAGUCAGCAGUCAUUUUUAUGACAGAAAUAAAGUCUUCACAGGAAGAAAACACACCACCACCAACUCUCUGAGCUGGAAUACUAGUGCACAGGCCCUCACGGCAUAUGUGCGUAUGCCACUGAAAGACAGUAAUAACUUUUACAAAAAGCAUUUUUGAUAAUGGAAAUAUAUUGCAAAAAUACUGUUAUUGAAACUUAAAAUGCAUCGUUUUAAUUUUGCCCUUAAAAUCCCUUUAAGCAAUGUUUUAUUUUUUUUAAAUUAUGAAUUGUUUUCUAAAAAUCCAGACUUUUAAAGUUAAUAUUCAUUUUGGCUACUAGUAUCAAAGCCUAGUUGUAAAUAACCUGUUUAUUCAAUUAAAUUGUGAAAAAGAACUGUGUGAUGGAAGGAUAGGCUGGUAUACUUGAUUACUGCUCUAGCAAAGGAGAGCUUUUUUCAAAGCAAAAUAAACUAAUACAAAAAACAGUUUGGACUAGAUUACAAGUGGAGUGCAAAAACAUUAUUGCUGUUGUGCGUUAAUAUUGUUUGAGUUAAAUCAAUAUUGAUUAUAUUUUUUGCUCAUAUUACUAGUCAAAAGUUAUAUUUUUUUAACUCAAGAGAAAGUCUUGGAGACACUAACAUCUGGAUGUCGUAUAGCAAAGGUGCGCUAAAUUGCUUACAUCAUAGACGUUUAUGGGAGCAGACUGAAAAUCUCAUGUCGAGAGUUAAGCCAGUGGUGCGUUAAACUUCCUCUCAAGUAAUAGAGUUCUUAACUUAGUUAUAUACAAUGAAAUUUAAAGGAACAGUAAAGUCAAAAUUAAGCUUAAAUGGAUUGGAUAAAGGAUGACAUUUUUACCAACUUUCCAAUUUAUUUAUUAUCAGUUUUGCUUAGUUCUCUUGGUAUCGUUUGUUAAAGAGUAAUCAUAGGUGGGUUUUGUUAUGCAAUCUAUCAAGAGAUAAUGGUUUACUUCAGAUCACCAAAAGUGUAAAAUAUUUCAGUGGCAUUUUGUAUUGUCCUCAGGCACAAUACAUUAGAUUUGUGCAUUCUGCAGUUUCGUUCACUGCCAAAGGUGGAAGAAGGUGGCCCCUUGUGGGUUUCAGCUCUUUUCAGAGCCAAAAUUAUUCUUGUGAGAGUGCAAGAGACUAAGGGGUCUACUUAUCAAGCUCUGAAUGGAGCUUGAUGCCCCGUGUCUAAAGACCGCGGCUCCAUAACAUGUCCGCCUGCUCUGAGGCGUCGGACAGACAUCGCCGAAAAUCAACCCGAUCCAAUAUGAUUGACACCCCCUGCUGGGGGCCGAUUGGCCGCCUUCCGCAUUUAGCAAUGAAAGAAACUGCAGAAUACACAAAUCUACAAUACGUAAUUCACCACUUGUAAUAUAAGUGCAAAUAGUGUUCCCUGUGCUCUCCAUAUAAAGUUUCAUCCACUAGUAAUGAGAUUUUCUGGUUAACAUUUUUUACCAUCCACUAGUAAUGCCAGAUCAGAGGACAAGAUAGCGCAUCCUGGGCUAUCAGUUCUGCUCCAUUUGUACUCUAGGCCUAUGUGUUUAAUAACAUUAUGUUCAUUUAUCUUUGAUAUUAUUUUUAUUGUAAACUGGAAUGGACAUAAAGGUACAAUAAGAAAAUGUCCUCUAAUGCAUACGGGCAUUAUCAUAUUACAAUAUUGCUUGCCUAUACUACACAUAGUUAAAAUCAGCUAGAGAGUCAAUACACUCCUGGAACAGAAAUGGACAUGAGCGCUGAUCCAAUCAGGGGCAGCAUAUAUGCAUAGACACCAAUCAUUGGCCAUGUUAUCUCCGGAUCAGCAAUGUUUUUCAAAUGCUAAGAUUAACUUUAACUGGGUGGUAUAGGAAAGCAAUUAUGCAGUAAUACAAAUGCUCUAACAUAUCAGAUCUGUCUUCACAUUGUACCUUUAUGUCCAUUUUAUAUAAAUAUCCCAUUUUAAAUAAAAAAACAAAUUCUCACCUUUAGAUUCGUAUUACUAUAUCUGCAAGUUAAAUAUCCAGAGACUUGAAAUGUUUUCUACUGUUUCUAUAAUUGUGUCAACUUACAUUUUGUAUUAUUAUUUUAAUAUUAGUAUAAAUCAUCAUAAUGUAAACCAGCAUGGUCAAGAUAUUUUGUGUGUGCUAUUUUUGUGUUAUGAAAUUAAAUAUUUGUUUAAAAAAAAAAAUACAAAA